UAUCAAUUUUUUUACAUUUGUUCAGUUUUACCACCGUUUUUCAAUUCUCCAAUUUAAAUUUGAUGUGGCUUGCUGACACGCGCUACAUUUUUCUCAUCGGAUAAGUUAAACACAACGCUUAGUAAGAGUACAAAACUACGUCGUUUAUACAUGUUUAUUGCCCAAUCCAUAGAAUUGAAAUCAUAACUCUAAAUUAUCAUCAUCAUCGUCGUCGUCUUUUUCUUCUUCUUUGGCAUAUUCACACCGAGGCGAGCGUGAUCACUACCGAUGUCCCCACCGACAACGGGCAUAGGGUUUCUAUAGGGCGAGCGUGUCCAGAGAAAGCAGAUGUAGGGGGAGCUCCGCGUUGGAGAUGGGGAGAGCAGCGUUCCUGAGGGAAAGAAGGGAAAUGGGGACAAGGGUUGCUGUUAAUGAGCGUGGCCUACCUGUAAAAUCAAAUCAGAAGAGAGAGACUUUAUUUGAUAAAGAAAAAACUGCAGCACAAGAAAGAUCGAGGUGGUGUUGCUGCUUAUGGCGGAAGAGAGAGCGAAGAACGACGACGAAGAGAAGGCGAUUCCGCGCCCAAAAAUGGCUGAAAAGCCCAGCUCCGGCUCACUUGGCGCUCCUACCAAUUCUAAACCGGAAAUUCCAAAUCCGAACGAUUUCACAACGAAGAAAACGAAUUAUGCUGAAACCGCUGGCAAUGGCGGGAACAAGGGGAGAUCGUGCAAAGGCUGCCUUUAUUAUUCUUCGCAAUUUAAAUCCAAUUCUAGGAAUCCACUCUGCGUUGGGGUCUCCCGUUCCAUCCCUAAUGCACCUCGGUAUAUUGUUGGGAAAUCUGAGAUGGAAGCAUCAAAAGAGGGUAAGGUCCUCAGGGAUUUUAAAUAUGGUUGCAUUGGUUAUUCUCUCUAUGCCGACCAAAAGAACCGGACCUCUGAUGCACCACAGUCUGAACCAGAAUUGCCAGUCUGCAUUGGACUUGAGGUUUUAGUGGAUCGGAAAAUUAAAGAAUCUUUGUCUGAUGGAAACCGAUUACCACAGCAUCAGUCACCUCAGCCAACUAAUGCCAGUCGGGAUGAGUUUCUAAGCAGGUUUACUCGAAAUGCAAACCUGAUUGCAAACGGGGUAGCGAAGAACAUCCGUAGAGUCGGGAACCAGAUAAAGCGAAAUCUGGAUGAUAUUAUGUACCCCUACAGAAAGAGACCAAAGUAGGCGAGGUAUCCAUACAGCGGCUCUCUGGGAAAAUAAAAUGCGAAGAGGAACAAGACCUUGAGCAUCACCGUUCCUCGUACUUGUUAGAAUACAAUGAGGGCACGAGGCGAUUUCUUCACGACUUCCAGUCACAUCUUUUGCUACUUCAGUUGGGGAAAUGGGCAUCUUAUAAAUGGGUUGUAUACUAUGCGCAUUGCCUGAAUAUUUUGUACAUUGACAUUUUAUUGUUUUUCAAGUUUCUAUUGCUCUCGUCAUGAGCCUCUUCA